CAAGACCAGAAGCAGGCCACAGUGCCUUCGCUCUGUGCGUUGUCGCUCAGAUGGCCGGACGCUGUGUCGUGGGCCCGCUCUUCGAACAGUGGCCGGGCCGCCUCCCUGACCGGGGCUCGACGAGGCCCUUCGCCCGGAGAAGGAGGCCCGGCCAGGGGAGGUGGUCAGGGGGGUGCAUUUUUGCCCCUCCCGGACACCCCUUCCGGGCACCCCCUUCAGGCAGCUUUGGGGUAGCCUAUGCCGACCCCCUCAUCCCCAUUGGAAACUGCCGAUUUUGCGUGCCCAAAAAAGGUAGCCCAGA